GAAUAAACCAGGACUAUUAUUUUCUAACUAGUCCAGCAACCUUUCAUAGGGCUCCAAAAACCUAGAUCCGAUCCAACCGGACUAUCCAAAUGCCGACCCUGAAAAAUUGAAGAGAAACAAAAACAGAUUGCAAUUUGCAAAGACGAGGGACUCUGAGAGGAGUUGAUGGCAUUGCCUCCUUAGGGCUUUGGAUGAUUCAACUUCUUUUGGGAUUUUCGUCGCUUUUCUCGAUUCCAAUCGUUACCAGAAGCGAAAAGUAAUCUGAGAAAAUGGAGGACAUGGACAUUGAUUUAGUCAUGGACGUACCUGACACUCCUGAUAGGUUAUCUGCACGGAGAAUGAAUAGAGCUGAUUGUAUUGAAAAAGAAAGUAAUUUAUCUGUAGCUGGUUAUUUUGGAGGUUCUGAUACUGCAGGUGAAGAAUCUUUGGAUAGGCUAGGGGGCAGGGGUAGGCUGGUUGCUGAGAAUGGGCACAACAGAAAACAUUAUAUACACCCUCGAAAACAUUCAGGCAAUGUUGAUGAAAUUGAGCAUCGAAGAAACGCCAUUGUCUUAUCUUCACUAAAGAAUGCUCGAGAAAAUGCUCCUUUAUUUAGGAGAACAAUGGAGAGAAGCAGGAAUUCCUCUAGAGAGCAAUACAUGGAUAAAGGAAAAGAUCCUUUCUCUAAGUUGCCUUCUAAAUCAUCCGUAUCCCGAGAAGAUCAUGCUAUUCUAGACUUAACCGAGCAGAGCAGACACAACCGAAUACUUGAAAUGGCUUUUCCACCUGGUGGAUCAAAAAAUUGCUUAGCUGAAGGAAGAAGAGAAGGUCAGGGACCAAGAAAUAGUGGUUCUUAUUUACGUAACGCUUCAAAUAAUGCAGCAACAUCCAGAGAUAACUGCAAGGGAAAGGAAAAAGUAGAUGACAUUGGAUUUAAAAGAGUAGGCUCAGUUAUGGAUGAUGGAAAAGGGAUGGGUCGCUCUCAUGGUACCCCACUUAGAACGCAAAAACAAUUGCCUGUAUCUCACCAUUCUAUUGUCUCACCAAGAGCCAUUGGGCAAAAAAGGUUGGUUCGAAAUGGCUGCAUCUCUCCCGAGAAUAUAGCUAUCAGGGCUAAACAAUUAAAUGAACAAUAUGAAAACAGCUCCAAAGCUGAACAAGAUUUUGGGAAUGUGAUUAGCAGCAGUCCUCGGAUGACAGACAUUAGGAAAAUAAUCGCUGAAGAUAAUAAUUACGUUAAAGGAAAGGGAGUUGUCCAUCCUCACACUUCCAAGGAGUAUGACAUGCAUGUAAUUAAUCUAUUCAGCAGUCCUAUGAGUAAUAAUGGAGAAGUUAGUGGAAUUCGUGAUUCCGGUAGAGAUGCAUGCUUUGAAGAAAAAGGUGGUUGGAGAAGCACGCACAACCAUUCAAAGAAUGUAGAUCAUGCAGCUGUACAUCAGUUCAGCAGAUUUAAUAACAUUGGAUGCCAAGAACAAAACGAAAAUAGAGUUGUGAAAAGAGGAGAAAAUAACAGGAUUGGAUGUGAUUUUCCAGAAAAUCAGGAUGCAACUGAAACGGCUCCUUUGAUCGUCUCAAAGUUCAAUCAAAUUAGUGAACCUUCUCUUGCAACAAACAUGCUGCCUAAAAGGCAAAAGAAACAUGAAUUAACCUCAAGAAAUAGUGGUGAAAGCUCUAGGGUCAUUCGUAAUGACUCAGACAUUGUGUUUCUUGGUUCAUCUAGGGGAUCAUCUAGUUCAAGGUCAUCUAAUAUUCAUAUUGGUCAGCAUCUGGAUGUUUUGGAUCUUGACGAGUCAUCUGAAAUGAGAGGGACAAAUGCGAAUAAUAUGGACUGUGUGAAGGAUGAGGACUCAGAGGCUAGGGCAAGACAAGUUGAAGCGGAUGAAAUGUUGGCCCGUGAACUCCAAGAACAAUUUUAUCAUGAGGUCCCAAUAUUUGGUGAUGGCGAGAUUGAUGAAAACAUUGCAUGGGCACUUCAGCAGGAGGAAGAUGCACUCCGUCCUACUACUACUCAGAGUCACCGUGAGCCCAAUCAAAGAGGCUCAAUAAGGCAUUCCCGUGUUCAGCCUUCGUCGCGGAUUUUUCUGAAUUCUUCGAAUAGGAGAGGAGGACAGGCUCGUUUCCCCACUUCUGCUAGAAUGUCACGGUUGAGGAGUCGAGUUUUGAAUGAAUCUCGAGCGGCACCAACUAGGACAAGGAAUUUUCGGUUUCCUUUGGACAUGGAUUUGGAUAUGAGACUUGAUAUAUUGGAAGCCAUGGAGGCUGCAAUUGGAGAUGAUGACAGCAUGGGAAUGGCUAGUCACAUCUUCCAAGAACGUGAUUUUAAUGAAAAUGAUUACGAAAUGCUGUUGGCCCUUGAUGAGAACAAUCAUCAGCAUGGUGGUGCAUCUAUUAGUCAGAUUAACAGUUUACCACUGUCUAAAGUACAGACUGAUAAUUUUGACGAAGCUUGUGCAAUAUGUCUUGAAACCCCAAGUAUUGGUGAAACCAUACGCCAUCUUCCUUGUCUACAUAAAUUUCACAAGGAGUGUAUUGAUCCUUGGCUGAGCAGGAAAACGUCAUGCCCAGUUUGCAAGUCACAUAUAACUUGAAUGGGAGUGUUUUUGCGCUUCAAACAGUAUGCAUGACAGUAAAAAGUGCAAGCAAAUAUAGUGUUUAUCAGAGAUAGGUAUAUUUCUUUUUAUUUGACUCGUGAAAAUUUUUGUUUCUGAAAGGUUAUGUUGGCUUCUGGUGUUCACCUGUUUCCUCAACUUCGUAUGAAUUCCGAAGAAAUUGCCUUUGUAUCCGUGAUCCUGCAAAAAGGAUCAUUUAUUGGCAUAAUUCAUAAAAUGUUGUCACCGAAAUUUGUCUUUGGAUGUCACCUUUUGCCUGGCCUGCAGAUUUGACCUUUUCUGAACCCAAAUAUUUUGGGGAUUACCUAUGAGCAAACAAUGAGCGGAAGGCAUCUCAAAGCUUGAUGACAGAAUGAAGUAGUUCCUCGUGAUGAGCAGACAUGGCUUUGAAAUGGUAAUGGAGGAUCAUGAUCUUCUGUGCAAGAAAAGAAGUUGCAUUCUAAAAAGUAAGGGCAUGAAUCUAAGCACACGAAUGGGCUGCUAUCUUGUUGAAAGCAGCUAUUGUUUUGAAUUUUGUUGGAAAAUGGUGCAUUGAAUCUAUAAUUUACACCGUUCGUCCCCCAUUAAAGCCAUUGCUUCCUAAAGCUGUACUGACAGCCAUUCACAAUUGAAUCA